AUGUUAAUAAUUAAUAAUGAAUCUUAUUCUUACAGUUAUUAAUUAGAUAAUGGGAUUCCUAUUGUACCAUGCUAUGAUAAUAAAUAUGAUAAGGAAUUAAUAUUCUUAACAGAUUAUUUAAUGAAUUUGAAGUAAUGUGAAUAGUUGGUAAAUUAAAAUAGAAUGCAUUCUAGAACAUAUUUAUAUUAGAUGUGUAAUAAUGGAGAGGAAUGUUUAAAAGAGAUGUUUUAAGCUCAUGA